UGAAAUGAAGAUCAGAACUACUCCUAAUAUCAGGACUAAUCGAAACCGGAAAGAUGCUGUAUGUAAUUAUGUGACCGUAUUAAAUAAUAUGGUUGCAGAUAUUUAGGAUUGUCUUUUUUUGCAGUCAAUACAGAACCAUCCACUCUAAGAUGACGAUUUCCUGUGAUACACUGUUUAUGUGUUUAGUCUGUUUCCUUAACUGUCAGUCUGUCAGGGUGUGCUUUAGCGUGAAGGAGCACCCGACGGAAAUAUAUAAACUUAAACCGUUUUAAUCCUCUUCAAACGGACAAAAUAAUAAUAUACAGGCAGGCGGGCAGGACAUAAACCACACGCAUUAACCUCGGACAAACUGAAUACUAACACACAGGACUUGAAUACACAAGGAAAUCACUAAAUUAACAAGACACAGGUGAAGACAAUGGCCCAAUGAACACGAACAACAGGUAGGGAACACAGAGCACACAGUACAAGAGCAAAACAACAAGAAAAGGAUCCACAGUCACUCAGACAUCUACCAGUUUAAUGAAAUGGAUUCAGUUUAUGGAAAUGUUAAGUACCCAAGAUCAACCACUGCUUCUCCACACAAAGGUGGUCAGGAGACCCUCAGGAAACGGAUGAAAGUUCUUCUGAUCUUUCUCAGCGUCUGCCUCGUCUUUGCUGUCGGAGGCGUUUGUACUCUGGCGGUACUUCUCACACGCGCUACAAACUUCGGCGUGUCUGAUCAGGACCACAAUGCCACAGAUUACAAAGCACGGUUUGAUGUGCUCCACAAGCAGCACAAGGAGACACUUAGAAAGCUGAACAGAUUCAAUUACAGCACAGGUUGUCCACUUUGCGCCGUCGGCUGGAUUCAUUCUGGAGGAAAGUGUUACUACUUCUCUACGGUCAAGAAGAACUGGACGCGGAGUCGAGAUCAAUGUGUGACUCUUGGAGGACAUCUAGUGAUCAUAAACAGCAAAGAAGAGCAGGAUUUUGUUACUUCCAAAGUUAAAGUAAGCCACUGGAUUGGUCUUAACGAUUUGGAGGCCGAGGGUCACUGGGUUUGGGUGAACAACCAGCCAGUUAAUGAUUCAGUAGAGUUCUGGAUUAAGAGAGGGAAUGGAAUCAGAGAGCCAGAUAACUGGACUCAAGGCUAUCCGGAUGGUGAAGACUGCGCGGGUCUGGGACAUCCAGGCGGAGAGACAGAUUUCUGGUCGGAUGCUUUCUGUUCUUUAAAGAAGAAAUUUGUGUGUGAAGCUCCUGCCGCGGUUUAAUUCAUCACUCCUGAACAGAUCUUUCUCACAUUCAAAAUUAAAUAAUUAUGAUGUCCAUUUAUUCACUAAUUAUGUGUGUGUGUGUGUCUAAAAUAUAUAUCACACAUCUUUUUUUUUUUUUUUGGUCACUUUGAAGAAUAAAUGUACUUACCAAUUUCCCCCGUUAUAAUUUAAAUUUUUUUUGCAUGAUACCUUAUAAUGAAAGUGAAGUUGCUUUUUGUCAGUUAUAUUUCUUAGGCCAAACUGGAUUAUUAUUUAAGGUAAUAUUGGUUAAAUUGAGCUAAUGGCAUUACAUGGAAGCUUUGCAUUAAAUGUAAAUGCAUUUCUGCUUUUAAUGCUUAUAUAAGUUGAAGGCAUGUUUUCGUAAUAAAAAAAAUAAAAGGCAUCUGUUUU